CCCGAGCGCGCUGACGGAUCGCAGUAGCAGCGAAGGCCGACGCGACCGUGGCUCCGGCGGCCGGGAUCGAGCGACGCCAACCCGGACACCCGAGCAAGGAAAACAUGGAGGCUGUAGCGGAGGAGCUGCGGGCCGGCUCCAGGAUCCCGGUGACCGUCGACCAGAUCGUCAACGACACGCUGGUGGUGACGCUCACGUACCGAGAGAGGAGCUACACGGGAAUCUUACUGGACUGCAGCAGAAAGACUGGGCUGUUUUGCCUUCCAGACAUUGUUGGAAAAACAGAAGAGAGCCUCAUAUUGAGACCAGACUGUGAAGUCUCGAGUGAAGAGGCUUCUUCUAAACCCAUUAGUCAGCCUUCACAGCGACCAAAAGAUGAGAACACGGAGCCAGCGAUGGCACCUCCUGCCCCCGUACCCAUCCCAGUACAGCCGGGCCAGCCGACGUACCCUCCGUACUUUGAGGGUGCUCCCUUCCCGCAGCCCAUGUGGGUCCGGCACACGUACAACCAGUGGGUUCCUCAACCGCCGCCUCGUCCAAUCAAAAGGAAGAAAAGACGAAGUCGAGAGUCUGGAAGGAUGACCAUGAGCACAAUCCGACUGAGACCUCGGCAGGUGUUGUGCGAGAAAUGUAAAAACACACUAAACAGCGAUGAGGACAGCAAAGAUGGACCAACAGCGCCCAAGACGUCCAGGAAAGAGAACGCACCUCAAGAAGACGAGGACACUAAAUCAACUCCGGCCAAGAGGAAGGAUGAUGGGGACAACAACAACAAAGAGUCGAAGAGAAGAGAGGACUCAAUGGUCUACGACAGCAAACGCUUUCGAAAGGAUAAGAAAGACGAUGAGAAGUUUCCCGGAGGGGACGUGAUUCCUCACAGUCCUGUAAUUAAGAUCUCCUAUAGCACUCCACAAGGUAAAGGCGAAGUAAUGAAGAUCCCCUCAAGAGUACACGGUUCUGUCAAACCCUUCUGUCCGAAACAGUUGUUGCAGAAUGGCCACGGACAAAGAGACGCCUCCAAGGAAUCCCAGAAAGUCGUGCAACCGCCAAUGGACGCCAUCCGAACAGGUCUUACCAUUUCCAUUCCCAAACUCAAGCUCCCAAAGUUGGCUAGUCCAGAGGCCCCAUCGCCCAAGAUACGCUUAAGAUCCCGGGCCGACGGAGCGGAGCAGGUGUCCGUGUACGAGGCGGAACUGGUCAGUGGUGCCCAGAGAAGAAGUCCCAGAGUUCCCAGCUGUCAAUCUGAGGAUGGUGCGGAGAAGAACUCGUUAGAACUUUGGUCAGGUGAGGAAGUCGAACGGCACGGUGACCUGACUUUACUCAUUAACUUCCGGAAGAGGAAAGCAGACUCUUCGAGCCUUUCCGUGUGCAGCAGCGACAGUCUAGAUGAGUCCAAGUCGUUCAGCUCGGAUGGCACGUCGCCAGAACUGUGCGAUCUCGCUCCAGGUGACGACAUCUCAGUGUCGUCUUCCUCUCAAGGGGAAAGCAAGACUGUUCCACCUCUAACCGUACGACUGCACACUCGCAGCAUGACUAAGUGCGUGACCGAGGAAGGUUAUGCUGUGACAGUAGGUGAUGUUGUUUGGGGAAAGAUUCACGGCUUCCCUUGGUGGCCUGCUCGGAUACUCAGUAUUAGCGGUACUCGUAGAGAAGAAGGCGAGGUUGAUGCUCCUUGGCCAGAAGCUAAAGUGUCCUGGUUCGGGUCCCCCACCACCUCCCAACUCUCGGUUGCCAAACUGUCGCCGUUCCGCGAAUUCUUCAGGUCACGCUUCAACCGUAAAAAGAAAGGGAUGUACCGUCGUGCCAUCAUGGAGGCCGCCAAGGCAGUGGGACACAUGAGCGCGGAAAUCACAUCUCUACUGGCUCACUGCGAAACUUAGAAGAAAGUAAGUCAUACGGUUUGGAAUGACAUGAAGAGGACAAGGACGGCAGUGGAAUGGCUGUCAUUCAGGGGUCUGCAGGCGCUCCCAGUAUGUGGCAACCUCCCAGGACGGAGAGCGCCUUCAUUUGCCACGGAUACCAUGAGGGGAAGGUGCUUUUUUCCUCCCCCACACAUGACUGUUUGGAAGAAAAUGUCUGCCUUGUGAUGAGCGGACUGAGUUUGAGGGGCCACGAGGAGAACGUGGGAACAUCUUAAAAGACGACUCGGAGCGAACAAUUCCCCCAUCUCCUCUUCGUUUGUCUCUCCAUCUUUCGUUUGUUUGUUUUUUAGGACGUACAUUAUAUUAGAACAAGUAGCUUGACACUAAAUCCGAAUGUAUUUAUUCACGAAAAACACUCGACCGGUGACUGGCCUCAAAAUAAUCCUGUAAGAUCACACUGCUGCUGUUUCUUAUGACUGACGGUUUGCUUCACUGUCCGUUUAUGACUGGACGCCAGAACGGAACGGACUGACGAAUAUCCGUGUUAUAAAACCUAAACGACAAGUCUUACUGUGUCUGUUUCUUCAGAUUAAGAAAAUGUGAAAUUCCCUUUUGCAUCAUGUAGGUCUUACACCAUGCAGUAUGUCAGUUUGUCCGUCGCUUCACUUUCUCUCUCUCUCUACAGCUAGUUUUCUGUCCCCUUGAAGAAAUAUAUCUCCUGUCCUCCAUUUUCUUAUUUCGCUCUGAUUAUGUGAUGUUUUCUUUUGCUUUAAUUAUUUAAUGUCACGUUAAGAGAAGCACUUUAUACAUACCUUGGUGGCCUGCUGUGAACUCGUUGUUUGCAGACUCUCGGAGGAGCCAACCCAUCGCUUUUGAAGUGAUUUUUAAUUUUUAUUAAACAGAUUUCAAAUUAAAGGACGCUUUCAGGAAGUUGUGUACACUGUAUUACCGCGUUUAGCCUGAUUUACGUUAGACAUCGUUGCUUUCCUCCUUAUGAAAUGUUCCACUGGAGAUAUGGACAGAACUGUACGCUCCUAUGCACCGUCUCUUUCAUUAAAGCAUAAAAAGCAGCGUGUUCAAUCAUGUGUCUGCUGAAUGAGUGGAGGCGUACGUGGGCUUGAGUAUCUGUAUGUCUGCUGUGACACAUCGGAGUUGUUGAGAUGGCCGGACUGACCUUCGGGACGCGAGCGUUUGAAGAGGUCUCGCUCAAGAUCUCGCGCCGCUCCAGGUGUAUUUUAAGCUCGAAGUGCAGUCACAGGUUUUGGUGCAUUUUUCCAGCUGGCUUAUGAAUAUGGACUCUCUGCAGGCAUCGAGUGCUUUAUAUCUGCCACCACCCACUGCUCAACAGUGGGGUUUUUUAUGUGCUGUAAAUAGAAUAAAAUAUAAAAGCAAUGUU